UGUCCUUCUUCCCUGUAAUUCAUCAUCCAUUACAGGUUUUUCUCUUGUUUAUUCCCACACAUUUCUUCCCUAAACUACACCAAAGAAGCCUUACUCAUGGACGCUGAGUAGGUAAACAUUUUGUUUAUUCAAAGAAGUACAAAUAGCAGCCUCCUUUUAUGUCCCAAAAUUUCUCACCAACCCCAACCUACCAACUCCCCUUCCUUAUAAAGUUGAAGCUAGAAAACCCGGGCAGUCAAAACUACGUCAUACUCUUCCGAGUUCAUUAAAACUCGAUGGCAAAUUCGCUCCAAGGUUCCAUCUCUUCCUCCUGCAACAUUCCCAUCCGAUCUAACCGAAUCGGUAUCUUAGAUUCCGAAAUCCCCAAAUCCAUCGUUUCUUUCUCUUCCCAACUCCCUGAUUUCUCUCUCAAAUAUUUGGAAAAAGAGAGAAAGGGUCAGUCGCUUAGAACAAGUGCUACUGUAAGAGCAGAAAUGCAGGUUGAUAUCUCACUUAGUCCGAGGGUCAAUUCUGUGAAGCCUUCAAAAACAGUGGCUAUAACUGAUCAAGCUACUGCUCUUGUUCAAGCUGGUGUUCCUGUUAUAAGAUUAGCAGCUGGCGAACCUGAUUUUGAUACCCCAGCUGUUAUUACCGAGGCUGGGAUAAAAGCCAUUAGGGAAGGUCACACAAGGUAUUCCCCAAAUGCGGGAACUAUGAAACUACGGACAGCGAUUUGUCAUAAGCUUCAGGAAGAGAAUGGACUCACAUACACACCUGAUCAAAUCCUUGUUAGUAAUGGGGCCAAGCAGUGUAUUGCGCAAGCUUUGAUUGCAGUUUGUUCGCCAGGCGAUGAGGUUAUAAUCCCAGCUCCAUUUUGGGUCAGCUACCCUGAAAUGGCAACAUUAGCUGAUGCAGAACCUGUGAUUGUUCCCACUCUCAUUUCUGAUGAUUUCUUAUUGAACCCAGAGCUGUUGAAAGCUAAAAUCACCGAGAAAUCAAGGCUACUUAUUUUAUGUUCCCCGUCCAACCCAACUGGAUCGGUUUAUCCAAGGAAGUUGCUGGAGGAAAUUGCUGAAAUUGUUGCAAAACAUCCCAGGCUUCUGGUAAUAUCAGAUGAGAUUUAUGAGCACAUUAUCUAUGCACCAGCUACUCAUACAAGCUUUGCCUCUUUACCAGGCAUGUGGGAGAGAACUCUAACAGUUAACGGGUUUUCUAAGGCCUUUGCAAUGACUGGUUGGAGGCUUGGAUAUAUUGCUGGUCCGAGACACUUCAUUGCAGCAUGUAAUAAGAUCCAGAGUCAGAUUACAUCAGGAGCUAGCAGCAUUUCCCAGAAAGGAGGAGUCGCUGCUUUAGGAAUGGGUCAUGCUGGUGGUGAAGAAGUCGCAAUUAUGGUGAAAGCUUUCCGUGAGCGGAGAGAUUUUUUGGUUAAAAACUUUAGAGAACUCCCAGGUGUUAAAAUAUCAGAGCCCAAGGGAGCAUUUUAUAUGUUCCCCGAUUUCAAGUCCUAUUAUGGAUCAGAAGCUGAAGGGUUUGGUAUCAUCAAGGACUCAGAAUCACUCUGCCGGUACCUUCUGGAUAAAGGAAUGGUGGCACUUGUCCCAGGAGAUGCAUUUGGUGAUGACAAGUGCAUUCGAAUCUCUUAUGCAGCAUCCUUACCAACCUUGCAAGCAGCAAUGGAGAAUAUUAAGGAAGCCAUACUUGCACUUAGGCCUGCAGGCCCUGUUUAAAAUAAAUUGAAUAGAAUAACCCAAGGGGUUUGAUUGCUGUACUAAUUUGAAUUUGAAUGUUUCUAUUUUGUAUUUGCAGUAAUCUGAAUUUCUUUAUCUAAAAUGUAUAAUGUGCUUUUCUUCAAAUCCUUUAUAGGGCUUUCCCUUAUUUAGUUUGUUUAAUGAUUGUUCACCGUUAAUUUUC